CAUCCUCUCAUUGAAGGUUCUUCAACGUUCAAUUAAAGAAAUUCCCUCAAGAUGAUUUGGCAGUGCUCGAUGUAGACCACUGUUCAGUAGAUAGAGAUAUAUACCAUAACAGUGGUUAACAAGAAACAAUCAUUCCAUAAGGUAACCUUCUCUUUUGUUAAGUAGGUUCCCUUUUCGGGAUAUGUAACUCUAUUUUUGGGAAUUUAUUUAUAGAUAUGGUAUAUGGAUCAAUUUCGUUGCUCCUCCUCUUAUCACACGAGUAGAGUGAUGAAAAGAGAGUUUGGCAGUCACGCUUGUAGACGGACACGUGGAAAGAAGAUACGCCCCAAUUGCAGCAAACAAACUCCGUAUAUAUCAGAAAAUGGUUUUACUACCCAACAAAAUAUCCUGUCUCAUCUGACCGGUGAGAUAAUCCAACGGUCCAGAUUGAAUCAGUACAAACCAUGAAACUGCCUGGGCUAGAGAGAGAAAUAAACAAACAGUCGACAAGAGGUUCGUUCGUAUAACAGAAUCGUCAUCGUUCCUCGUGUCGCCGCCUUCUCUCCCUCCACCCAAUCAAUAAACUCCACGUGUCAGUAUCCCCUUUUCCUGUAUAAUAAUAUAUUCCACCCAAUCACCAGAAGCAAGCAACGUUGUCAUCUUCCUUUUCGUUCUCUCUGAAAAUGGAGUCCUGUUAUGAGUUCGACUCGCUCCCUGAGUUACCGCCGCUUCCACAAGCGUACGCUCCCAUGGAGGAGUAUUAUCCUUACGACAUUGCUCCUCUCGAAUCCUUACCUCCCUUUCCUCACUCCGAUUUCGCUCCUCACGGCGGCUUGAUCACCUUCUCCGACGCGCACCAAGAGUAUCUCCAGCUCCAGAAACAACAACAACACUGCGCAGAACCGAUGUUCACAGACUCGUCUCUCUCGCUCGUCACUCGCGACUACCUCACCGAGUCGACUCGGUUCGAAAACCUCUUCUCCCAUGACGUUCCGUUUCUCUAUUUGCCAGAUCUCAAAUCCGUGGAAGACGCGAGGUCGCCGCCGCCGUGUCUCUCUCUCGCUCCUCCUCCUCUCCCGGUGGCUAGACAGCGUCACGUCCGCUCGCGAGUCAACAACACCUUCUCUAUCUCUUCUAAAUCUAAAGCUCCGGCGUGUCAGAAUGUUCAGGGUACAAGGAAGGUGUCAGACAGAAUCAGAUCGUUAGAGAAAAUCAUGCCGUGGGAGAAGAAGAUGAGUUUGGCUGCGACUCUCGAGGAAACGCACAAGUACAUCACCUUCCUCCACUCUCAGAUCGCUUCUCUCCGUUGGAUGCCUCUCGAUUCCGUCUACCCUACCAAACCCAGAGAAGAAACCACCAGUCUCCUCAACUCUCUGACGAGACAACAGCUUCUCCAGGUGCUUGCCAACUCUCCGGGGUCACGAAACGUGCUCUACAAGCAAGGUGUUUGCGUCUUCUCCUAUGAACAGCUUCUCUCCCUCAAGAUGAUGGCUCGUAACCUCUGAACACAAAAAGUGAAAACAACUUCCUCUGUUUUUGCUAACUUUGUUUUUUUUCUUUUGCUAAAUUAAUGGAGUUUGAUUCUCUCUUCA